UCUGCCACCUUGCCCCCUCAGCCCUCGCUGUUGGCUUCUGCUGUUGGUCGUGCCGUGCUGGGGUUCAAUGGCUGAGAAACAGAUCAGCCUUCCCGCCAAGCUCAUCAAUGGUGGCAUUGCGGGCCUCAUUGGGGUCACCUGCGUGUUCCCCAUUGACCUGGCCAAGACGCGGCUGCAGAACCAGCAGAAUGGCCAGCGCAUGUAUGCCAGCAUGUCCGACUGCCUCAUCAAGACCAUUCGGUCCGAGGGCUACUUCGGGAUGUACCGGGGGGCCGCCGUGAACCUGACCUUGGUCACCCCCGAGAAGGCUAUCAAACUGGCAGCCAACGACUUCUUCCGAUACCAGCUCUCCAAGGAUGGGCAGCCGCUGACCCUGCCCAAGGAGAUGCUGGCCGGCUGUGGGGCGGGCACGUGCCAGGUGAUAGUGACCACGCCCAUGGAGAUGCUGAAGAUCCAGCUACAGGAUGCGGGGCGCAUUGCCGCUCAGAGGAAGAUCCUGGCUGCCCAGGCCCAGCUCUCGGCCCAGGGUGGCGUCCAGCCCUCAGUGGAGGCCCCCGCUGCGCCCCGGCCCACGGCUGUCCAGCUGACCCGGGACCUGCUGCGGAGCCACGGCAUCGCUGGCCUCUACAAGGGCCUGGGGGCCACGCUGCUCAGGGACGUCCCCUUCUCCAUUGUCUACUUCCCCCUCUUUGCCAACCUGAACCAGCUGGGGUGCCCGGCGGGUGAGGAGAAGUCGCCCUUCUACGUGUCCUUCCUGGCCGGCUGCGUGGCUGGCAGCGCGGCCGCGGUGGCCGUCAACCCCUGUGAUGUGGUAAAGACGCGUCUACAGUCGCUGCAGCGUGGGGUGAAUGAGGACACCUACUCGGGCAUCGUGGACUGUGCCAGGAAGAUCUGGCAGCACGAGGGCCCAACGGCCUUCCUCAAGGGUGCCUACUGCCGCGCCCUGGUCAUCGCGCCGCUGUUUGGCAUUGCGCAGGUGGUCUACUUCCUGGGCAUUGCGGAGUCCCUCCUGGGGCUGCUGCCGGCCCGCCAGGCCUGAGCCGGACCAUGCAGCGGCCAGCCCAGGGAGUACCCCCACCCUGGGGGUGAGUGGUGCAGGGUCCACGCGGGUGGCACUCCCACGAGCCUCGCCUGCCCAGGCAUAGGGACCAGCGUCCUAUUUAUGUAGAAAAAUGUGGAAAUCUUGACAUUCCUCCGGCCAGCCCUGCCCCAGUCGUGUCUGGCUCGCCGCCCCAGGGACAGAGCUGGUCUCUGCUGGGGCUCCCGCCGGGGCUGUGCCAGGUGGCUCAGCCAAUCGGCUCUCAUCUCUGAGGUCCUCGUGACCCUUCAGGGGACCGGCACAAACCUAUUUAUUGAACCUGCUGCGCCCAUCCCCGUCCGUCUGUCCGUCCACCUU